GCCCGCGGCCCCGCCGGAAGGACUCCAGCGCCCGGGAGCCGGGAGGCGAACUCGGGACCCGCCUGCCCCGCUCGGUGCGCGCCUCCUCCCGGCAUGGAGCCCGCCGAGCGCUCGCGGGUCCCCAGGAUCGACCCGUACGGAUUCGAGAGGCCCGAGGACUUCGACGCCGCCGCCUACGAGGAGUUCGUGUCCGGCUACCUGGUGACGCUCGCGCGCAGGGCCGCCAAGUGGUCCCGGCUGCUGCGGGGCGGGGGCGUCCCGCGGGGCCGCGCAGUGAAGCGCUACGUCCGCAAAGGGGUCCCGCUGGAGCACCGUGCCCGCGUCUGGAUGGCGCUGAGUGGGGCCCAGGCUCAGAUGGACCAGAAUCCCGGCUACUACCACCGGCUUCUCCAGGGAGAGAGAAACCCCAGGCUGGAGGACGCCAUCCGGACAGACCUGAACCGGACAUUCCCCGACAACGUGAAGUUCCAGAAGACCACGGAGCCCUGCUUACAGAAGACCCUGUACAAUGUGCUGCUGGCAUACGGGCACCAUAACCAGGCCGUGGGCUACUGCCAGGGAAUGAAUUUUAUAGCAGGAUAUCUGAUUCUCAUCACAAAUAAUGAAGAAGAAUCUUUUUGGCUGUUAGAUGCUCUUGUUGGAAGAAUACUACCUGAUUACUACACCCCGGCCAUGCUGGGCCUAAAGACCGACCAGGAGGUGCUGGGGGAGCUGGUUCGGGCAAAGCUGCCGGCCGUGGGGGCCCUGAUGGAGCAGCUCGGCGUGCUGUGGACGCUGGUGGUGUCCCGCUGGUUCAUCUGCCUGUUUGUGGAUGUCCUGCCUGUGGAGACAGUGCUUCGGAUCUGGGACUGUCUGUUCAACGAAGGCUCGAAGAUCAUCUUCCGGGUGGCCCUGACCUUAAUUAAGCAACACCAGGAGUUUAUUUUGGAAGCCACCAGCAUUCCAGACAUUUGCGAUAAGUUUAAGCAGAUUACCAAAGGGAGUUUCGUGAUGGAGUGUCACACGUUCAUGCAGAAAAUAUUUUCAGAACCCGGAAGCUUAUCCAUGGCCACUGUCGCCAAACUCCGCGAGAGCUGCAGGGCCCGCCUGCUGGCACAGGGGUGAGCGCGCCCGGCCCUGGGUUCCGUCUCCAGGCUGACAACGAUUCCCCUUUGCAGAGUUGACACUGGACCAACUGUCACUGCUUUCCUUCUUAUCGUUGUAAAUGCUUGACGUCACUACACUUUAGUUGUGAAUUUUUUUAAAGAGAAGUUUAAAAUCAGGUCAUUCUACCAGCUUUUGAUGAUUAGCUAUGAAGUCAUACUUUUCUAAAGAAAACUUAUUUUUACCCAAAGACAUCAAUAAUUUAUAAAAUGUGAAUGUGGGUAUCUAAUAAAGUAUGCCAACACCGGUGA